CUGAUAAGAGCUCCACAGAACACGGCUGUAUAAUCUUCCAUCAGCACCUCCUCAGCCCUCCCGGUCGCGGUUUUAAGGUUUUCUGCAUGUGCAACAGUAAAUAAUUAAUUGUCAGCAUCCCCCCGCCUACAGGUCCUAGUACAGAGAAGAGAGCAGCCUCGAUCGUCAUUCCUGCAGUGUGCACUCUGGCAGCGGCUCAGGGAGAAAGAUAGCACAGAUCCAGGGAAGCUGCAGAGCACCAACACCCACCGAGGACACACAGGACUCCCCUCACUCCCCCCCUCCUCCCUCCCUUCUUUUUCUCUCACACCCUUCCCCUCUGCCUCAUGCUGGCUCUCUCAGCGCCGCACUCAGCAUUAUCAGAACUGCUGGGGUUGUAGGCAGCCUUGACCACCACCUCUCACAAAAGCCACUGAGGAGAAACUUCAAGAAGUGGCUUCUCUUUCCUCCUGCCCAAGGAUGCCGGAGUUCCGACAGAGACGGACGAGGCUGAUAUGCCUGUCACUCCUGUGUCUGUGUCUCGUCCUGCCGAGGGAAUCCAACGCCAGGAGAGCCCCCAAGACCCCCCGCUGUCCUGCGACCUGCUCCUGCACCAAAGACAGUGCCUUCUGUGUGGACUCCAAGGUGAUCCCCAAGACCUUCCCCCCUGGAAUCAUCUCCCUGACGAUGGUGAACGCAGCCUUCACUACAAUCCCAGAGGGAGCCUUCUCACACCUUCACCUGCUUCAGUUCCUGCUCUUGAACUCCAACACGUUCACCAUGAUUGCUGAUGAUGCCUUCGCUGGUCUGUCUCACCUGCAGUACCUGUUCAUUGAGAAUAAUGACAUCCAGGCUCUCUCCAAGUAUACCUUCAGAGGACUCAAAUCCCUGACUCAUCUGUCUCUCUCAAACAACAACCUGCAGCAGCUGCCGAGGGAUCUGUUCAAACAUCUGGACAUCCUCACUGACUUAGACCUGCGGGGGAACUCUUUUCGCUGUGACUGUAAGAUCAAGUGGCUGGUCGACUGGAUGGAGAAGACCAACACUUCUGUUCCUGCCAUCUACUGUGCCUCCCCCUUUGAGUUUCAAGGACGCAGAAUCCACGACCUCGCACCGCGAGACUUCAACUGCAUUAGCGCAGACUUCGCUGUGUAUGAGACCUUCCCUUUCCACUCUGUGUCUGUGGAAUCGUACGAGUUCAACGGCGAUCAGUUUGUGACCUUCGCCCAGCCCGAUUCAGGGUUCUGCACCUUGUAUGUGUGGGAUCAUGUGGAGAUGGUCUUCAGGAAGUUUCAUAACAUAACCUCUCGCUCUGCUGUGUACUGCAAACCAGUGGUCAUAAACAACAGUCUGUACAUGGUGGUGGCUCAGCUUUUUGGUGGAUCUCAUAUCUACAAAUGGGAAGAGGACCCGCAGCGCUUUGUAAAGAUCCAAGAUAUCGACACCACUCGCGUGAAGAAGCCCAACUUUGUGGACACCUUCCAGCUGGAUGGAGAGUGGUACUUUGUAGUUGCAGACAGCUCCAAGGCAGGCUCCACCAGCAUUUAUCGCUGGAACAGUAACGGCUUCUACUCCCACCAGUCCCUCCAUCCCUGGCACCGGGACACCCAUGUUGAGUUCCUUGAUGUCGCAGGAAAACCUCACCUCAUCCUGUCCAGCGCCUCUCAGCCGCCGGUGGUUUACCAGUGGAACCGAAGCCAGAAACAGUUUGCUUUCUUCUCCCAGAUCACAGAGCUGGCAGAUGUGCAGAUGGUGAAGCACUUUUGGGUGAGGAAAGUUCUCUACCUCUGCCUCACACGAUUCAUCGGUGACUCCAAGAUCCUUCGCUGGGAAGGGCAGCGUUUUGUAGAGAUCCAGACUCUUCCCUCUCGCGGCUCGAUGGCAGUGUAUCCUUUCACAGUGGGCCUGCGCCAGUACCUCAUUCUCGGAAGUGAUUUCUCCUUCUCCAGAGUAUACCUGUGGGAUGACCUCACUCAGCGCUUUCAGCCCUUCCAGGAGCUCAACAUGAGAGCUCCGCGGGCGUUCAACUUAGUAUCUGUCGACAACAAGGACAUUCUGCUGGCUGCCAGCUUCAAAGGCAACACGCUGGCCUACCAGCACCUGGUGGUGGAUCUCAGUGCCAAGUAGACAUGUUACAGUCAGAACGGAAGGAACGGAGCGCUUCCCGAGAAUUUAUCAAAAUGUGCCAAAUAAAUGAAAGACUGCGAAAUGUUUAAGCCAUGUAACUAACGGCCUGCUGUUUCACCCGACGUUUGAAGGCAACUAAUUAAAUGAUUAAUCUAUUUUUAUGCACUAAAAUGAAACGAUGGGUUAACUCCCAGUAACAUGCCAACACUAGUGUCAUGUCUAUGCUGCAUCACUGCUUCUGUUCUGCCAACCAUAUAUGUAUGCCAAUUAUUUUUUUUGACAGUAUUAUAUAGUGUGCUAUACUUUACUAGUGUGAAGAUGAUGUGCAUGUGCAUCUAAAUUACUCACUAGAUCAGAGUGUGACUGUAAAACUAUGAAAGUUUUGUAAGUUACAGGGUGUACCUUAUCUGUGGAGAAUUUUGCAUGACACAGGACAAAUGAUAUAGCUAUGAAAACCAAGCAAUACUAACCAUUGCGUUACUUUUUAAUCUGUGUUUAUUUUUAUCUUUAUAUGAGAUACCCUUGAAUCUGUUUUAGAUUUAAUGUUCACUCUGCAAAAACAAAAAAAACAUGGGAUCAAAGCUGGUCUAAGGCAUGAACAAAACUAAUUGAGGGGCCCCAAAUUAACAAAAAAUAUGAACCUGUUCUCUUAAUUUUAAAUUCUCUCUUUUAUUUAAAAACAUAUUCCUUGAUUUUGCUAUCCAACCUCAAAAGAAGUGAAAUGAGAAAAUAUUUGGCAUUGCCUGGGCAAAAUUAGGCAUGAUGGGGCGAGUUAUACACUAUUUGGGGAUUUGACCAAGCUAUAACAAGAUCAGAGUAUAUACUUUAAGUUAUAACAAAAAAAAGAGUUGUAAUUCUUUCAUUUGUUUUUAAUGUACAGUCACAAAGUGUAUUUAAUUGUUACUGUGUAUAUUUGCACAUGGAAGGUUUGGUGGGAAGGGGGUAUAAUUAAAGCUUAUGGUCCCCAAAAGUCUUGUGUCCUGUCUUAUCAGUAAGGAUUUCAGGGCAAGCUGAUCAGAGGCAGAGCAGGCACCAUCCUUGCAAAAGUAAUAUCUGUAUGGCAUCCAUUGGUAUCAACCUUCACAUGCUAGUUGGAAAGUGAGCUAAAUAAAGUUAGAGUAAUUUUGGAAAGGAGAAUUCAUGAUCUUUAGUUCUUCUGCUCGUGAUAUUUUCAUUGACAUUGUUGAAAUUAAACUGUAACAUGA